UAUACCUGACAAAAAGGCUUCCUUUUUUCUUGCGCUUCUUCAAAUAAAGUUUCAUUUUUAUAUCUGAUCUUUGAAAUAGCUUCAAAAUAAGGCUCCAUUACACAAAAGAAGAAUGGAUAUGCUAAAGCAAAUGAGGGUGAGAUUUUCCGGUACAGGUGAAGAAGAGAAAGGUGGCAGCAGCAGCAGUACAAGAGAUAGAACAAUACCACCACAGAAAACUCAACCUUUUAAAGGUAACACGAAAAAAACACCUAGCUGGUUGCACAGACAGUUUAUAAGAACAAUGAGUCGUGAUUAUGAUUCCAGUGAUAGUGUUGACUAUCCAGCUGCGGUGGCUGCAGCUGCAUUUGCUGUAACAUCAAUCGAAGAAAAGAGUGAAUAUGACCACAGAAGGACAAAUAGCAGAGGUGAUAAACCUUCGACAAAGAAUAAAAAUAAAGCAGAGGAUAUUGCUAAGAAACCGGAAAAGCUCUCAGAUGAAGCUACAAAAGAUCCAUAUAAAAGUGUACCGAUAAGGUCAGCAACAUUCAAUCCAGAACCAGUUAAAUCUGCGCCAUCUAUUAAGAAGAAACCGACUUUUGGAGAUAGCAAACCUGAAAGUGAAGUUGUUGAAAAGGCCAAACAAGCUCCAUCCAUUAAGAAGACGCCAACGUUUGGAGAUAGCAAAUCUGAAAGUGAAGUUGUUGAAAAGGCCAAAAGAGCUCCAUCUAUGAAGAAAACAUCUACAUUUCCAGACAAAAGCAUCGAUAUCAGAACUCCCAAAGCUCCUGAGGUUCCUGUUUCCGCUCCUGCUGUUCAGCCAACUAGACAAUCUUUAUCACAACCAGACAUAACUAAACCGCUAAAUACAAUAAAGCCACCAAGUGGAUAUUCUAAGGCAGAUAUUUGGGAGAAAGAAGAAAUGGAGAAGAUCAGAGAAAGGUACAAGAAGCUCAUAAAAGAAAUUGCGGAAUGGGAGACUAAGAAGAAGAAGAAAGCAAAGCGCGACUUGGAGAGAGUUGAGGCUGAACUAUUAUCAAAUGAAAAAAUGAAAUUACAGGCUGAAUUAGACAGGCGUAGGGCAAAAGCAAGGAGACAUUUCAACAAUGAGGUUGGAAGGAUUGAAAGCAUUGCAGGAGGAGCCAAAGAACAAGCUGAUCAACAUCGAAAAAACGAAGAGCUAAAGGUGAUAGAGAAGGCAAAUAAGAUCAGAAGAACUGGAAAAAUGCCAUCAACAUGUUCAUGCUUUUAAAUAAGCACCAUUUAUAAGAAAACUGUAAAAAUUGUAAAUUGGUGGAUCCAACUUUUACUUCAUUUGUUGGAAAAACAUGAAAAUAUACUGAGGCACAAUACUUGCCAUAUAUAAUAUUUCAUAAGAACAUCAUAAAACAAUAGUGAUGUCAAGUUGUAAUCCCUUGGAGGAAAACAAAUCUAUCUCAACA